AUUCUCGUGUCCCGGAACAACAACUUUGCGAAGAGUAACGUGAAGGAUUUCAUUUUAAUGCAGCUAGUUACGCUUGAUCCAUGGAUUCACCUGCUGACCUGGGACAUUUCAUAAAUGAUAAUAGCCCAUUGAUCUUAGAUGGUGGACUAGCAACGGAACUGGAAGCCCAAGGAGUCAAAUUGCAGGGAGAUCCUUUGUGGAGUGCCAGGCUUUUGCAUACUAACCCACAGGCCAUAAGAGAUGUCCAUUACAGGUUUCUCCUCAGCGGUGCUGACGUCGUCACGACGGCCACGUAUCAGGCCAGUAUCCCAGGGUUCAUCAGCCACCUGGGUGUGAGCGCUGAACAGGCCAGAGAACUGAUGAUGUCUAGUGUUCAUCUGGCGAAAGAGGCUGUGAAGAAAUUUGACUCUGGGCAGAGACGUCUCUUGGUGGCAGGCUCUGUUGGACCGUACGGGGCUGUUCUGCAAGACGGCUCAGAGUACACCGGGGCUUACGCGGAGGAUAUGAGUAUUGAAGAGCUUAAAGUUUGGCAUCGGCCGCAGAUCGAAUGCUUAGCAGCAGCAGGAGCUGAUCUCAUUGCUUUUGAGACAAUCCCGAGCAUCAAAGAGGCGGAGGCUGUGGUGGAGGUCCUGAAAGAGUUCCCAAAUUCUAAGGCCUGGCUGGCCUUCUCCUGUAAGGAUGGGAGGUGUAUAUCAGACGGCAGCCUCUUCUUGGACGCGGUGCGGGUCGCCGGCAGAUCCACGCAGCUGGUCGCUGUCGGGGUCAACUGCUGCGCUCCAGCUGUGGUGGAGCCGGUGCUGGAAUCUGCCAGAACGCUGUGGAGCCCAGACAUGAGCUGGGUGGUGUACCCCAACAGUGGAGAGGAGUGGGACGCUAAGCAGGGGUGGCAAACAUCAGUGGAAGCGUCAGCAUUGAUACCAGGCCUAAGUCACAAAUGGGUGCAGCAGGGUGCCACUCUGAUAGGGGGAUGCUGCCGUAUCGGUCCCGCUCACAUAGCAGAGUUAAGACAACAGUUAAAAGAAGGUUGCACACCUCCAGCCUCAGCAGAACAGCCUUAGAUCUACGAAGGCUCAAAUGCAAGAUGGAGGAGGAAGGACCCGUCACCGCUGACUCUGCACUCAGCCGCGCAAAUUUCAAACGAAUGCCCAAUUAAUCACGUGACGUAGUGUAGACUCGCGUUAUGUGGGUCAAGCCUGGCAUGAUGAGGAGAAAACGGUCUUAUAAUCUGCCGCUAAGACACGAUGAUUAUGAGAGGGUGAGAAGAAGUGGCAGAAAGUGGAACCAAUUAAUGUUUUACCACAACAAAUGUCAAAUUUAAAGGUGUUUGUUUUCUGCAUUAAUGAUUAAUUUUCUGUUGACUCAUCACAACCGAUGCAGUCAUUAAAUGUUUAAAGAUUAAAGAUGGUCGGUCUCAAGCUAUAAAGGGAACAUGUUCCAGGAGUUUAUAAAAAAAACAAACUUAUUUUAUUGUAAAAGAAAUAAAUAACCAAACCACUACAUCAAACCCACUGGAGUGCACAAUCCCAACUGCGUUGGGUCAAAGACAAAUGGCACCACAAUGAUGCAACCUAAAGCAGAGGGAGAACACCUUGUGUCUGUACAUAAACAUGAAAAUAAACCAUGCAGUCUUCA